CCAUCCCCCCCACCCCUUAUAUAAACCAAACAAACGCCACGCCUCUCUCUCUCUCUCCCCCUCACAAAAGUAAACCUUCGAUCCGAGCUUUCGAUCCAUCGCCCUCUCCGAUUCACAGCUUUUUUUUGUUCUCAGGGAGUUAACAAAAAAAAAAGUUUGCAACUUUACGAAAAGUUCGAAGCUUUCUUUUAUGUCUGACAAGAUUUCACCCUAUUGCUAUUAUCUAUCUGGUUGCUUGGACAAGACUAUCAUCCUACACCCAGAGCUAAGAGCCACCACCACACGCAUCUUCAAACCCGACACUCCUCCUCUCCUCCUCUCCGACCACUUUCACUAAAACAUGGCGCUCCAGAACAUCGGUGCUUCCAACCGUAACGAUGCCUUUUACAGGUACAAGAUGCCCAAGAUGGUCACCAAGACCGAAGGUAAAGGCAACGGCAUCAAGACCAACAUUGUCAACAACGUUGAGAUUGCAAAGGCUUUAGCGAGGCCUGCUUCUUACACGACCAAGUACUUUGGGUGUGAGCUUGGAGCUCAGUCCAAGUUUGAUGAGAAGACUGGGACUUCGCUUGUGAAUGGUGCUCAUAGUACCUCUAAGCUUGCGUCUCUUCUCGAGGCGUUUAUCAAGAGGUAUGUUCAGUGCUAUGG